AUGAUGCUUUCACCGCCAUUUGCAGUCCAUUUGCAGUGGCAGCUAAUGGCAUGUGGCUUCUCGCGCCGUGGUGUCAUCGUUUGCCAGGUCGCUCAACACUCCUCGCCGAGACGACCCUUGGUGUGCGCGCUACCUUGUUCCUCGCAUAGUUCCAAAUCACGACCACUAACGCUCCUCGGUUGCCACAGCGGCUUGCUUCACGAGCGCAUUCCAAAGUCUACCAUCUUUCGAAAUACAUGCUCAAAACUCAUUUCAACCACA